AUUGAAAGUAGCCAUUCCAGUCUUGUCAUGUCUUCUACACCUUCGGGUGCAACUCAAUUUUAUUAUUUUUCACUGUCACUUUGUGAGUGAGGUGGUUGCAUGGACAUUGUUGUGCGAUUCCGGAAUGUCAGCAAGAAGCACCAAUGUCAAUGUCACUCGGAUCGACUGUAAAUGUGAAUGGAUUUUUACUGUACACAAUUUUACUUAAAGCUGUUCUUGCAUGCUUUUUGACCUUUUCCCUGUCCUUUAACAACUUGUCACUUUGUAUAUGUUGAAGGCACUCAAGCACUUGUUUGAAAAUACUGUUAGGUUCCCAGAAUAGUGCGAUGGUUCUGCUUGUACAAACUGUACUUUAUUAUUUUUUUCAUCCUUGUACUAUGGCACUAAAUUAGUGCUGCUUAAUAUGACAGUUUGGGUUGAAAUUUUUUUUUUAUAUAGACUAUAUUUUAUUAGGGAACAAUAGCAGGACUGUUGUCUAAAUUGGUGCCUUUAAGAGGACUUUCAAGUGGCUUUAUCACAUCGUUUCAAUUGUGACAAAUGUGCACUACUUUAAAUAAAAUCUUCAUGAAUAUUUUUUGUUUUCAAUCGACUUGACGUCACACAAUGACGUCACUUUUUCACCUCGAGUAAAUACAAGAGCUAGCUAUCAGGCAUCUUCAUUAUCCUAUCACUGCUAUCGCCCUAGCAAUCAACGAUAGCAUUAUGGGGAUUAAAAAGUGUAAAAGAAGAUCCCAUCUUCAUUAAGGAAUUGGCAGGCUGGCUGAUAACCAGAUUAGAGCUUCACCUCAAGACCUAACAAUGCCUUAUGUGUGAGGAGAAUGGGAGGAAGCGGAUCCAAAGGCAAAGGUGCUUGGCCUUUCUCGGGCAACGGGGCGGCAGGCGACUCUGCGGGUAACAGCAACGAGCAGUCGGUGGCCCGCCUCAAAUGUCCCAGAAAUGCGACGCCCUUUGUUUUUACCAGGAGGAGCUCGCUGUACUUCGAUGAGGACGGUGACCUCGCUCACGAGUUCUAUGAGGAGACGGUGGUGACAAAAAACGGACGUAAAAAGUCCAAGUUGAAAAGGAUACAAAAGAAUCUGAUUCCACAGGGGAUCGUGAAGCUGCAGCAUCCCUGUAUUCACGUCGACUUCCCCAUUGUCCUCUGUGAGGUGUAAAGAUUUCAUUUUCAUACAAAGAACUGAUGCGCACUCCUCUUUGACCAAAAAAGUCAGACAUGAUCAAGAAAAAAAGACGGGUGCUUUGGAAAAAGAAAAAGUCCAAUAUAAAGUGACAUAUCCAUGUUUUGCCAUUCACCAACAGGUGUUGCAGAUGUCAUGUGCUUACUGCCAAGCAAAUAUGGAAGCAGAUUUUACAGGGGACAUAUUAUAGAAAAUUGACUUUUUGACGGCUUGUAUAUGCAAAGCUGGAGCAUCUUAUAAUAUGAUUUGAAGAUUAAAUGUUGCCUCCAAAACAGACUUAUUAAGGGUGCGCUUUGAAUAGAGACAUAAUACAUAUGUCUCCUUUAAAAACAACACAUCGUCACACUAUGCUAUAUUUGUCCCUUGAAGUUUUAAUUUAGCAAAAAAUACAAGUAUUUUUGGGCCACACUGAAACCCCCCACCCCAAAGUGAUCAAAUUGUGGAAAGAAAUUGAGCACUUGAUUAUUAUAAAAUUCAGAUUUUUCGGACAUUCUGACUUUUUUCCUUAUGCGUGUGGAUCUAUAGUUUCUACUACAAACUCACAGUGGAAGUUAGUGUCUGCCUUAGAUGUGCAGAGGUAGCAAUUGUGUCUUCGUAUGUGUUUGUGUGUGUAGCUCAGCUUUGAAUGAACUACUGUAACGUGUAUGCGCGUGGCGAGAGGGCGAGUGAUGUUUUAUGGUAGUUAAUGUUCCUUUUGUGAGCCUUUCUCCAUCAUGUGAGAAUCAGACCUGCACUAGUGAACACAAUGCACUGUAAAUAAUUCUGAUGUGUUAGUUGGAAAUACUUGAAUAAAUAGUUUACUCAGCUGAACUUCUUUAUCAGAAUAGACUU